AUGCAUCGUGGCUCCAAUGUCAGUCGUAUUGCCCAAUCCGUCGAUCACUGCCAGAACAGGGACGGAGAGUGGAGUGGCGCGCCCGAGAGCAUCGGAAAGUUCCACUUGGCGCCUCUCGGCACCGUCCUUCCGAAGCCGUGGAUCUACAACAAUUACUUCUCAACGUCUCCACUUCACGACCUUUGUGAACAGUAUUACCAGAAUGGCAACAGACGGCCUGACUUUGGACGCAACUUCAAUUUCUCGCGACGACGGGGCGUCUUCUCACAUCUCGCAGAGAAAGGCGAUGAGGCGAUGAUCGUUGCUUUUCUCCUUGCUUCGGACAAAGGCGAUCUCGAGUCGAGGAACAACGACGAGCGAACACCGCUUUCGUGGGCGGCCGAGAAGGGGCACGAGGCUGUCGUCGAGCUGCUGCUAGAUACGGGCAGAGCCAAUGUCGAGGCGAAGGAUACCGUCGGUCAGACGCCGCUUUCAUGGGCCGCGCAGAACGAACACGAAACCGUCGUCAAGAUGCUCCAGGGAAAGUUAGCAAGGGAGGAUGACUAG